CGGCCCCGAACCAACUUGUCCCCCGCCAACUGCCUCUCCCCGGUGCCCACCGUGGCCGCGCGGCGGACGGCGCGGCUGGAGUCGCCGGGAGGUGCCCCCUCGGGGUGGCGGCGCCGCGCCUUCCCCGCGCUGUCGAGGACGGCGGGAGGCAAAGUUUGUCAGGAGGCUCUGGGGUGACUUUGCCAGGGGGGACCCGCGGUUUGGUGCCCGCGCCAGGUGCCUCCUCGGGGCGCGCCCAGCUAGUUCCCCAGUUUCGCGGCCGCCCGACCCCCGCCUCCCCCCAGCCCCCGCAGCGGAUCUGCUUCGGAAAAGUGAUGACAUGAACUUGUAGUGGAGAAUUGGCAGGCGCCGGUCCCCGCCCUGGGAAGAAGGGAGGGGACCCCAGAGAUCGGGGAGAUCUGCCAGCAGGCUCCGACGCGCAGCGCCCCAAAGCCCGAAAGGCAGGGCGCGGGGAGGGGGAACAGGGGCGCCGGAGCAGCUUGGAUGCCGCCCUGCGCCCACCGACAUGAGGGAGCAUCUCUCUUUCGCCCGGGUCUGAUUCUCGAGGCCGACGUGGUGCUGGUGGUGGUGGUGGUGGUGGUGGUGGUGGUGGAGGAAUGCAAAAGCCAGGACGUGAUGGAAACAGGACUUGAGGGUCGUCGCAGAAUGCCGGAGGAAAGUUCUCCCAGGCGGACGCCACAGAGUGUCCCCUACCAGGACCUCCCCCAUCUGGUCAACGCCGAUGGCCAGUACCUCUUCUGCAGGUACUGGAAACCAGCCUGCGCCCCCAAGGCCCUGGUUUUCGUAUCCCACGGCGCUGGGGAGCACUGCGGCCGCUAUGACGAACUAGCGCAGAUGCUGGUGGACCUGGACCUGCUGGUGUUCGCCCACGACCACAUUGGCCAUGGGCAGAGUGAAGGGGAGAGGAUGGUGGUGUCUGACUUCCACGUCUUCAUCCGGGACGUGCUGCAGCACGUGGACCUCAUGCUGAAGGACUACCCGGGGCUGCCCGUCUUCCUUCUGGGCCACUCCAUGGGCGGCGCCAUCUCCAUCCUCACGGCCGCCGAGAGGCCCGGCCAGUUCGCCGGGAUGGUUCUCAUCUCGCCUCUGGUCAUCGCCAAUCCCGAGUCGGCCACCACGUUCAAGGACUAUCUGAAGACAGUGAAAGACUUGGCCCUAACGACCUCGAGAAUGGUCAUAGUGUGGACUCCACCUCUUGUCUGGGUCCUCGCCGCGAAAGUGCUCAACUUCGUCAUGCCGAACAUGUCCCUGGGGCCCAUCGACUCGAGCAUGCUGUCCCGGAACAAAGCCGAGGUGGACAUCUACAACGCCGACCCGCUCAACUGCCGUGCGGGCCUCAAGGUCUGCUUCGGCAUCCAGCUGCUGAAUGCCGUGUCCCGCGUGGAGCGCGCCCUGCCCCGGCUCACGCUGCCCUUCCUGCUGCUGCAGGGCUCGGCCGACCGCCUGUGCGACAGCAAGGGGGCCUACCUGCUCAUGGAGUCGGCCCGCAGCCAGGACAAGACGCUCAAGAUCUACGAAGGUGCCUACCACGUCCUCCACAAGGAGCUCCCCGACGUCACCAGCUCGGUCUUCCGCGAGAUCAACAUGUGGGUGUCUCAAAGAACAGCGGCCACCAAGGGGUCCUCGCUCUGAGUGCCCGAGCAGGGGCCUCCCGCGGGGUGGGGGCGGCGGGGGCAGGGCCAGCGGCUUGCGGGUGGGGCUUGCGAAACACAAACAAAACAAACCCAGGGGAAGAAACUCGCCCGUCGAGGCGUCCCUAAUGCACCUGACUCCGAAACCAGAACCUGCUCCCAGCCGGCCGCUGGUGCCGCUGAAGGGACAGAGAGAGCGGGGUGACCGUCCCCCCCCCAGGGGCCAUGAAACCGAGCAAAGCCUCUGCCCCGUCUCCCCGGCCCCCGAUCUCCCACCUGCCCAGGAACCCAGGGGGGUGCCUGAGCCUCCCUCAGCCCCCAGCCCAGACCCGACCCCGGCAGCAUCCCAGGGAGGAGGGGGGGAGGGGGCGGUGCCCCCAGACUUCCAAAGGCACAAGCCCCAGGCUGCAGGUUGCCAGGGGCCCCUGGGGUGCCCGCCUCCGGGGCGCCAUGUGUCGGGGUCCCAGGGGCCCCCGGCCUGGAGGGCUAAAGAAGAGAGUCUAAUAUAUAGAAGAGAGUCUAAAGCAGAGACUAUUUUGCUGACAGGGUGUGGGGAGGCCUGGAGGCCUGGAGCCUCGGGGCCCCUCCAGGGAGCCUGUGCCCGAUCCCCCUGCCCGCCUGCAGCCAGGAGCCCCAGCUGGCAGGACAGAGACUUGGCCGGAAGGGGGUGCCAGCACCCCUGACUUGCCUUCCCCACACCCCUCACCACCACUGCCCUCCCUUAGUUCCAGCAAUAAACGGGAACCUACCACCAGGGGGCGACAUUCAGCUCCUACUUGCACUUGGGACUCGCUGUUACCUCAUGAGUCCCCCCCCCCAGAGCCAGUGCGACCCCCCUCCUGUGGGGGGUCACCUGCUCGGCCUUAGAGCGCAGCGCAGGGGCCCCAGGGCCCCAGAUGAGCUGGCCACCUCCCCCUCCACCGGGAUCUGGGGGCCCUCCCCACGCCCUGUAUUUUCAGGCGUCGUUCUGAGUCCCCGCCAGCAGGUGGCGCCCGGCCCUCCUUGACGGCCUCGCCCACAGGGCAGUUGGGGGGGUCCCUCACCCAGGCCCCCACCCCGGCGGCCUCCGCUGCACCUCCAGCUCCACUGAGGAGCAAACGCCGGCUCAGGAGAGCAGGAGCCCCCACACGGAGGCCCGGGGCCACCACCCUAGAGUUUUGGUGGCCACACGGGCCGGUCAGUGCUGGGUGUGGGGCCACCAGAGUCGCUUCCAUGGACGCCCCCACGUGACUCGGGCUACUGCCCCAGGGCCGGCCCCGGCCCACCUUCCACAGGGCAUGACCAGAGCCCGGCAGCCGGGCUCAGCUGGCACAGGGCUGAGUGGCACUGCGGGCCCGCGGGGGUCUCUGGGCCACGGGCAGCCUGGCCCAGGGAGAGGGGGCCGAGGAGCUGGGGAGGGCCCCGAGAGGCCGCCAGCCCCCUCGCCAGGCCUCUGCGCCCCAGCACCUGCCCCGCCUGUCCCCCCACCUGUGUCUCUGGGGGCUCAGCCUGACGCCUCCUGCGGCUGGGCGGGGGGCGGGCGGCCCCUGCCUCCCUGCCGUCUCGGGUGCCGGGCUCACGGUGCGAGUCCCCCGCCCGUUCUUCCCCUCGCCCACCGAGCACUAGCAGACCCCAGUAGGGUCCCCGCAGCUUCCCAGCAAGUCACAGCCUGUCACUGCGCCCAUCCGGCCCUCGGGGACACGCACACCUGGAACGGUCACAGGAACCGAUGUACCACAGCUAACCCUAAUAAACACGUCUCCUGACCGGC